GCGAUGUCGCAAGCGCCAGGCCAUAACCCCCACUUAGGUUUGGGCUGGACCCGGCGCCCACCCCGCCAAGCGCUGAGCUUCUUGAGAUGUUGCGAAGGUUGGAGUUGUUCCAGACAUGGUUGGUGUGGUGUUGCUCUCAGAGAACGCCUUGAUGGAUGAUUAGCACCAUUCAGUGAUGGGCUGUGGGACUAGCAAAGUGCUUCCCGAGCCCCCCAAGGAUGUUCAUUUGGAUCUUGUUAAAAAGGUUGAGCCAUACACUGGUUAUAAAAAUGACAUAUAUAAGCACUUCAUCAAAGAUGGUGGAGAUGCUAUCAAGUCUGGCUUCCCAUCUCCUCCCCGUCACACGAACCAGUAUUCCAGUGGCUGCUCUCCUGCACGCGUGGAGCAGCCAGAGCCCCGCAAGAACAGAGUGGCCAAGUAUCGUGCCAAGUUUGAUCCCAGAGUGACAGCCAAGUAUGACAUCAAAGCCCUGAUUGGCCGAGGCAGCUUCAGCCGUGUAGUGCGAGUCGAGCACAAGGCUACCAAGCAACCAUACGCCAUCAAGAUGAUCGAGACCAAGUACCGGGAAGGGAGGGAAGUGUGUGAGUCAGAGCUCUGUGUUUUGCGUCGCGUACGUCACACCAACAUAAUCCAGCUCAUUGAAGUCUUUGAGACACAGGAGCGAGUCUACAUGGUGAUGGAAUUGGCCACUGGAGGGGAAUUGUUUGACCGAAUAAUUGCCAAAGGCUCCUUCACGGAAAGAGAUGCUACCCGUGUGCUGCAGAUGGUUUUGGAUGGGGUUAAAUACUUACAUACGUUGGGCAUAACACACAGGGACUUAAAGCCAGAGAACCUGCUGUAUUACCACCCAGGCAUGGAUUCUAAAAUAAUGAUUACAGACUUUGGGCUGGCAAGUGCUCGGAAGAAGGGAGAUGAUUGCCUAAUGAAGACCACCUGCGGAACGCCAGAGUACAUUGCCCCAGAGAUCUUGGUCAGGAAGCCCUACACUAACUCUGUAGACAUGUGGGCGUUGGGUGUGAUCUCUUACAUCCUUCUAAGUGGGACAAUGCCUUUUGAGGAUGACAACCGUACCCGCUUGUAUCGGCAAAUUCUGAAAGGAAAGUACAGUUACUCAGGGGAGCCCUGGCCCAGCGUGUCCAACCUCGCCAAGGACUUCAUUGACCGCCUGCUGACAGUGGAUCCCAGCAACCGACUGACUGCCCUUCAAGCCUUAAAGCACCCAUGGGUGGUCAGCAUGGCCGCCUCUUCUUCCAUGAAGAACCUGCACCGCUCCAUCUCUCAGAACCUUCUCAAGAGGGCAUCGUCGCGCUGCCAGAGCACCAAGUCGGCCCAGUCCACUCGCUCCAGCCGCUCCACCAAAUCCAAUAAGUCCCGGCGUGUGCGGGAGCGGGAGCUGCGGGAGCUGAACUUGCGCUACCAGCAGCAGUACAACGGCUGACCACUCCGCAGCAGGCUCCCGAGUGCCUCCUUCCUUUGCCACGGGGGCAGGCUCUGCACUGGACCCACUAAGCAAGGGGUGCUUACGUCCCAGCAGCCUGCCUCCCCUUGAAGAGCCACCUCUAGGCCCGCCUUCCUGUUUUGGCCUUGGAGCUCCCUGGAAAACUGCUGUCACCUCACUGCUCUCCCCCGAGAGCACACCUUGCCUGGUCAGGGUUGGCUGCAGAGUCUACACCAAGAUGGAGGAAGCCGAUGAGUCGGCUCCUCAGCCAGGUCUUGAAGAAAGAAGUCAGAGUUCAUUGCCUGAAGCACUGGAGCCACAUGUGGAGAACAGAGCCUUUCCCCGUCUUGCUUCUCCUGCCUAUUUAUUGACUCCUGGUUGCUGAAAGCUAGUCCUCGUUGCGACGAGGGCUGGAGGAGCAGGCAAUUUAGGCUCUUGACGAAGGUCAGGAUCCAGAGAACUCUGUGCGUGCACCUAAGGUGCUUCCUGUGUGUAUCACAACAACAAGGACCAGCUUCCCCUCCCGCCGCCCUUGCAGCUGCAGCACCUUGCACUGCUUCCGAUUCUGUUCCAGAGGUUUCAGUAGCAUCAGAAGCGUCUUGGGGGAGCUGAAUGGCUGGGCCUGGGGGCCCCUCAAGCCCCAAUGCACGUGCAGAAUUCCAUGCACAGCCCUUUGGAUCCUGGCCCAUGUUCCUAAGAGUUACAGUUUGUUGUUAGUGAAGCCCACUUCAAAAAAACAUCCCAUCCAUCCCUCUUCAGUGAACAUGUAAGGGAGGGCAGGAUCAGGCCUGCUCGGCCUGCCUUGCUGGUCCAGUCCAGGGGCACACCUCCAAACAGCCUUAUGUUUGCCAUUAGUAUGGAAAGGGCCAGGCUUGGACUGUGGAGGACGUAUCCAGAUGGUCUGGAGCCCUAGAUCAGGUGGAGCUCCACUUGUAGGCGUAAGCCCUCCAUGGCUACCCCUAGGUCACUUUCAUGCAAAUGGCAAACAUGAGGCUGCCCGGGGUUGUGGCUAGCACAGGGGUUCUCAAACCAGGCAGGGUCCCCAAAUAUGGUUGACCUCCAACUUCAAUAAUCCUGGAGCCCCAAUGGCCAAAGGGAUUGUGGAAGCUGAAGUCCAACGUCUGGACGUUUGAGAACUCCUGCGUUAGCAGAAGUGUUGGCGUUGGGGGCACAGCAAGUGAGUGUGACCCUGCUCCCCCUUCACAUGUUCUUGAAUCAGGGCUUAUGUCUCCCAGUAAAAUGCCUCCUGUUCAUAUAGCUGCGGAACGGGGACCCAUUCCGUGUUCUCUCUAACAGGGAUUCCCAGCUAUUGUGAACGACAACUCCCAUAAUCCCCAAGCAAAAGCCAUUGCAGCUGAGGAUUCUGGGAGUUGUAGUCAACAACACCUGGGAAUCCUCGUUAGAGGGAACACUGGACCAAUUUCUCUAUUUAAGAUUAGUUGGGGAAAUCUGUGACAGGUAAUGGUGCUGUUCCACUCACUCUCUUGCGCAUCGGAGGCCAGAGAACUGGAUGUGCCUUAACCCCACUAGCCGGGCUGCAAGGGACUUGGGUCAGACUUUGUCGCUCUCUUUCUGUUCCCAAGUACUUUGGAGCUUUAUCUUGGUCUCUGUUAUAUCUUCCAUCUAAUGAUGCCAUGAAUGGUGGCAAAUCAAGUCAUCAUUCUGGGUCUGACUCAAAGUUCUGUCUGUGACUCAGUCCUGCAGCAUUGCAAAUGAAACAUCAGGUGGUUACCCCGCCCCACCUUCUGACAUCCUGUGCACACACUAGAGGGUCUUCCAUCACAGUGAUGGCAUCAAAGGUAUAUUUCUCUGAUUAAAGGCGUGGGUUGAAAGCUUGAGUGGGUUCAAACAACUCCUGUUGCUGGCGGCAUGCUGGGGUGCAGACAAAAUGGUUUAGAGACAUAAAAUCGCACAGCUUAAGGGGGCCCAAAGAUAAUCUACACUACACGCUGCCCUUCCACCCAUGGAUUAACCCACUUUCUCCUGGAUUUAGUGUAUCUCAAGCAGAGAGCAAACGAGGCAGCUCGUGCCAGAGAUUCCUGAAACGAUCCCAACAGGUCUGCAUAGGGAGCUUGCUGCAUACUGCAUACUGCAGCAAAUCUUCAGAGUUACUAGCCAAGCUGAUGUGGGGAUGGAGGAAGUUCCUUUCUGUCCCGCGGUGUUAAAGCAAAACCACCCAGAAGGCCUCCCCAAGGCUCCAUGAGACAUGGAUUCCUGUUUAAGUAACAAGUCCUGAUGCUCUGGCUCUGCAUUAACGCCUGUUGGUUCCUCUGAGGGAAGAAAAGGUCAGCAACUGGUGCCUUUCCAUCUCUCUCUGUCGCAUCCCUGAUUGGCACGGACUUCCUUCCGUGGCAACAGCUCUAUUAUGCAGACACGAGCCACCUCCUUUGCCUUCAGGCAUGGCCUGUUUUCAGAGAUCAGCGCUGUCUGCACGGUGUCGUGAAAUAUCAUCAGAAAUGGGCUUAAGGACAUCAUGUCGGCUAUGGCAGGCAGGUGACAAUUUUGGGCAGUCAGUUCCUGUGAAGUUUUAUUUGCACUGACAAAAGCUCUUCCUGUUACGUUGAAGAGCGACUCAGCCCAGGGACUGGGAGCGGGCAGCUGAGAACGUGGCUCUUGCAUCUCUUCCAUUCUCCUGAAUAUGGAUCUCCCCCCCCCCCACCCCAUGUGGAGCUGUUGCUGUGGCUCUGGGCAGCUGGUUAACGGGUGUAACUCUGCCGUCCUCUUACCUGGGGGAUGUGGAUGCAACCCAGAGUGAUGCAACCCAGAGCCACACUCAAGAAGAUUUAGUCUCAUUCUGCUACAGUGGGAUCGAUUCAUCUCAGCAUGCCUGCAAGUGCAGAGCUUAGUUCUCAGGCCAGGGUGACAUCUAGUGGUUCAGGAGCUCUCUUGUCGAUUAGCUGGCUCUUACUGAUGCUUAGCUUCAUGCUGUGCAAUUACUUCACUGUAGUUAGUUUGCAGUGAGAGGUGCAUUCCUGUGCUGCUCAGUUUUGGCCCUCCUGCAGAGGUUGGCCUACAACUCCCAUAAUCCCUGGCUCUUGGCCACUGUGGCUGGGGAUGAUGGGAGUUGUAGUCCAAAAACAGCUGGGGAGGAGCCUAAGUUGAGCAGGCAUGGCAGGCAUGGCCUAUUCCAAGCCUGUUUUUCCAGCCCUCCAGUUGUUCUUGUACUACAACUCCCAUCGUCUCCAGUCACAGUGGCCAGUACUCGGGGAUUAUGGGAGUUGUAGUCCAACCUCUGCAGGAGGGCAGAAGCUGUGCCACCUUGUCCUGUUCACUGUGAAAUGGUGAUCCAUCCUGCCUGUGAGAAGGGGCAGCUGGUCUUCAUGACAUGCAAAUGGCUGCUUCAGAAGGACACCAGGUGUAGGGGAGAAGUCCUUUGUGUCUCUUCUGUUUCCUUCUGCCUGUUUUGAGUCAGACACACAUUUGUAGUAACUCACACUGUUACCUGCAGGGGUCAUUUUACAAGCAUAGAGGGUGUGAGGCUUGCUCUAGUGAAGUGCUUUUCUUCCGCAUGUCAGUCAGCUGUGGCGACAGACUUCCCUAGUGCUGACGGGUUGAACUCUCCCCCCACCUUCUUCCUAUUUUAAACCAAGUUUCCUGGGAAAGGACACGACCUCUCAGCGUUCCCCCUGUGUCAGCGUUAAGCAUAGCUGUCUCUUCUGCCCUGAUCCUGGUUCAUGCCCCUGUAGAGCUGCUGAGCUGGUGCUUUCAACAAGCGGCACUUGGGUGCUGACUUUCUCUCUCUCUGCAUUUUGAGCCCGGCCUCUGCCUUCCACCCCUCUCCUCCCUCUGCUGGGAGACAAGAUAGUGUAAAUAUAUUGGAACUUAGCAAUACUGUGUAAAACUCUCUUCUUGUAUCUGGUGGGUUUGGGGUCAGAUGUCAGCAGAGAUGGCCACUGCAAAGAUUGCUGGCUUUGGGUUCUGUCAUACUUUGCUGACGAGCAGCGAUUCCAGAGAUAGGACUGGGGAUGUGGAGUGUGGACAGGAGGCAGCGGCUGGCCAUGUUGUGCUGCGUGGGAUACAACCGGGCAGCAACAGAUUCUUUGUGCUGACCUCCCCCUGCUGCUCCCUAAAGUGCUCGCUGAACAAAAGGGGGCCACUUCCUCCCAUAGUGCCUUGAAGUGUCAUGGUGUCUUCCUGCCAGACAUCAAGAUGGGAAAGUCUCUUGGUGGGCAGAGACAAGGAGCUGGGAGAGUUCAUACUAUCAACAAGAGAGAGGGCAGCCGGGAUCCUGGCAUGUUUCUAAACAUGCCUAACACCAAAAAAGAAUCCAGAUAGUAUAUAUAUGCAGAUUUUAAUAUAGUAGUCAUAAAACUGUAUGGUUUGAAAAAAACUUCAGAUAUGCAAAAUAUAAUAAAUCUGAAUAUGAAUGAAUAUUCAUUUCAUUUGAAAAUUGCCAAUGGAAUUAAAAUAUGACACUGGGAACAUUCAUCCAUACUUCUUCCAUUUCAUCAGCAAUUUUGAAAUGAAGUAUUGGGCUUUCCAGUUGGACACAGAGAGUAUCUCAAUGAUCAUUUAGUGUUAGUUUUAUUGAGACAUAUUUUUAGUGAUUCAGAUUUAUUAUAUUUUGCAUAUUUGGACAGUUUUUCAAACCAUACAGUUUUAUGACUACUAUAUUAAAAUACUUUCUUAUAUAAUAUUUGGUUUCUCUUUUGAUGUUCGGAUAUAUUGAUGAAUCCAAACAGGGUUUUGUUUUCUUGUGUUUCUGUAUCCUAUCCAGUAAUGUUGGGGAAAUGAGUUUCUGUGGUUUUCCCGUAAUAGGAAGCUGCCUUAUCAAGACCAUUGGUAAGACCAAGAAGAGAGCUGAUCUUGUGGUAGCAAGCAUGACUUGUUCUCUCUGCUAAACAGAGUCCACCCUGGUUGCAUAUGAAUGGGAGACUAGAAGUGUGAGCACUGGAAGAGCUUCCCCUCAGGUGAUGGGGCUGCUCUGGGAAGAGCAACAAGGUUUCAAGUUCCCUCCCUGGCGGGUUCUCCAAGAUAGGGCUGAGAGAGAUUCCUGCCUGCAACCUUGGAGAAGCCGCUGCCAGCCUGUGUAGACAAUACUGAGUGAGACUCAGUGUAUGGCAGCUUCCUAUGUUUCUGUGUUCCUAUCUAGCUCAGUAUUGUGCUACACUGAUUGGCCAUGACUUUCUUGGGUUUUAGGCAGGAGUGGUUCCCAGCCCUACCUGGAGAUGCUGUCAGCAAUUGAACCUGGGACCUUCUGCAUGCGAAGCAGAUGACCCUUGUCCUCUGAAGCCUUGUGCACAGAACUAAAUCCGCUUCCGAAGAUGGGUGGAGGUUUUCUUGCCUUCCCAUCCCUGCUGAGCAAAGUUUGAAGGCCAGUUUUGCCUUGUUUGUCCUUUCCAGAGAAGGUGCUCUUUUAUGGGCCAUGCUGGUAUUGUUUCUGGUUUCAGGUGUACUUGUGGGCUGGGAUCCAAGAGUUCCUUCAGCUGGUACAUACUGCAGAGCUUUCCUCUUUUGACCUUGGGCUGCAUUGAUGGCUGAUCAGAAGACUCCCUGGAGUUCUGGGGAGCGGCUUGUUGAGCAGCACCGGAUGGGGUUGAAGUCAGGAGUCCCCAAACGUUUGUGCACAGAAGUUCCAGCAUGGCCCUUUGAGGGCCUAGCCAUUGAGGGUGCCGGAAGCCUAAUAUAAAAUGUGGAGAUCCCUGGGGUGGUAUGAACUUGGACAAAUCUAUGCAAAGGAACAUUUCCCCAAACCUCAAAAGGUGCAGUUUUGUGCUGCCCUUAAUGGUAUGGAGCCAAGAGUUCCUGUUCAGAAACAGCACUAGUCACCACUUCCAGUCUGUCGGGGACUUCAUUAUGCAAUUGAAACGGGCGAGAAUAUUAGUUGUCGCCUCUUUCCUGGAAUGCAGAUGGCGUUGCUGAUGAAAAUAUAUGGCUUCUGUCUGAGCUCUUCCUUGUGCUGCUUCUUGUCCAGAUUCUGCCUUAGAAGGAGAAGCCUCUUCCAUCCCUUCUUACUGAGAGCCGAGUUGCACAAUUCAGCACAACAUCCACCCGUGUGGUGCUCUCCCCCUCCCUCGCCCACGAUGUGAGGGCGUAUCGUAUUGUGCAUUUUCCUGCCUGUGGCAGCCAACGUGACAUCAUGGUCCAGGGAGCAGAGGGAGCCUGUAGUGCAGGAAAGCUGUCUUCAGGGGACACCCUCACCCUAGUCAGACAUUAGGUAGCUGUGUUCUGAUGUCUGUACACGUCUUAAAAGAGACGUGGACAAGGUACAGGCCCCCUGAAAUGCAGGAUGCAGAUAGGAAGUGAACUGCUUGACAUGUGAAUCACUGGCCCUUUCUACACUGUACAUGAUUAUAUGAGUGUUGAACAUAAUGUGUGGACAGGGCUUUUGUAUCUGCUGUAACGUAUAGCUCGACCCUGAGUUGGACAAGUCUGUGGAUGUUCCCUGUGGUUUGGUGCCUGAGCAAAAGUCGUACAACGGCAUAUGGGGGAUCUACUGGCUGAGGCUGCAGCCUCCUCUCUGUGACACCUGCCUGGUCAAAGGCUGAGAACGUAUUCAUCAGUUGAAUAAAAUGCCCGCUGUCUUGUUUGAUGUUGUAUUGAUGAAACAACUGAGAUGGGCCUCUGGGGAUUUGUAAUUAGAAUAUUGCCAACAGGAGAAGACCAGCAAGCAAGUGUUUGUAAGGGGGGGCACCCUGGGGGUGGCAGAGGGGGGAGUUAGUGCAUUCAUUUGCAUAAUUCUGCUUAUGCAGUUCAGACAUGCCUUUUGAAAGGUUUCCUGGGCCACAUGGUUUCUGCCAGACCUGUCUCUGUGUCUGCCAACCAGUGCCUUAUCUAGAACCAGUCAGUCUCUUCCCUCAGAAAUCCAGGGCUAAGUUGCAAUUCCAGGUCAAAACCAAAAGACCCACACAACUAGUGAUGUAUGCCUGACUUGGGGCUUUGCUUCUGUGUUUCUCACAUAGCUGUGCUUAUCCCCCAGGUGGCACUACAGACUGCUUUUGAAACUCAGGCAGAGGGCAUCAAAAGCAGGCUGUAGCUCAAGGGCCUACUCCUCAGAGUGCACAGAAAAAAUAGUGGAAAAGCUCACUGGGCACAUUUGAGCCCUUGGACGUUCCUGAAGGUGCCCUUUGGGUCCCAACCCUAAACUGGCCAUUGCUCAUGAUGAGCAGAGACGUUGCCGAGAGUGUGGAGCGCAUUCUAUGGGGCAUGCAUAAAAUAUUCGGGGCGUAGCUGCCCUGAUCUCCACUUGAACAUCUCUCUUUCUUUUUCUUUAUCGGUGUUCAGUCAUCUUGAGGCCAUACAGCAAAAGAUUUGGUGCCAAUGUCUUAAAUUGGCAUCUUUCAAACUUUCUGCCAUUCAAGACCCUUUCCAAAGCAACUCGUCUGCACAGGAGCCUUUCUGUGUCCACCACUGAGGAGUCCAAGCGUGUUGCAGAGGAUCUCUUGGGGCCUCUUGUAGAGCAAGCCCUGAACCAAGGGCUUUUUGGACUCCCAGAGUUCUCUGAGCACAGUUGCAAAGCCACUGGUUUAAAUAAUACGUGCAUUAUUCUCGGAGACCAGAAGUAGCUUUCUGUACUCUGGUGGCCUAUUGAAAGUGCUCUCUUGGUGUCCUCCGGUCCUUGCCUUCUCUCUGUCCCAUGAGGUUUUUUCCCUUCUCUUAACACAACGGUGCUUCUUGGAAAUCCUCCACUCUGCAGGUUUUGAGUAACUUGUUUGGUCUUCACAGAUCCUUUCUGCCCUCAUGGCAUCUCUGUUGCCCAAAGGAUUUUUCCAAGCCCCCUUCCCUCUUCUUGGUGGGCCGGGUGGGCUGUGGUUUGUCUCAAGUAUUCAUGUCUGUGAUCUUUGUCUUUGGUCCCCCCCCCCCCACACACACACAAUGGAAUCUACUUUUUUAGGGUGUGAUUUGAUACCUGGCAAUUAACCUGUAAUGUUGAAAUUAGUGUAUAGAAUUAUUUAUUUUGUGUAUUCAGUCUGUUUAAAUUUGUAAGUGUAUCUUGUCUAUUCAGUAAAAUGUUGGUUCUCA